GCAACCACUUGAGUCUCCUCACCAAUGGAUUGUUGAUUUGAGUAUUGGGUGGUGCAUUCUAUAAUGUCGCUGUGGAGGAGUGGCAGGCUCCCAGCUGUGAGAUAUGGUCACCGUCUCGUAACAGUCCGCCACGACCGAGGCAUUCGAAGAAACCUGUCGCACUAUCAAGUAACUGAGCAUCUUGUCCCAACUCAACAUACAAGACACUGGCCAAGGGGGACUGAGGUCGGGCAUGAGAAUGCUUUGAAACUGGCCGUAAAGCAAUACACUCCGAUCAGUAACCCAUCUCCGCAGCCAGGCGACAUUACUUUCAUCGCUGCCCACGCCAAUGGAUUCGUUAAAGAAUUGUAUGAGCCACUGUGGGACGACCUUUAUGAGAAGAUGGAGAAACAGGGAAGGCGAAUUCGAUCCAUCUGGAUUGCCGAUGUUGCUCAUCAGGGAGAAAGUGCUGUCAUCAAUGAACAUUCAUUGGGAAAUGAUCCGAAUUGGUGGGACGCAGCACGAGAUUUACUUUACUUUAUCAACCAGAAACAACAAGACAUGCCUCAGCCGCUGUUUGGUAUAGGCCAUAGUAUGGGGGGAUCAAUAUUAGUCGAGCUAGGCCUGCUGCAUCCCAAUCUACUGCGCGGACUGGUGGCAAUUGACCCCAUAAUUCAGACAGAAAACCCAAGCAAGAAGUUUGCACCAGCUUCAACUUAUCGAAGAGAUAUUUGGCCUUCAAGAGAAGACGCUGCGACCAAAUUUAGUGCUAACAAGUUCUACCAGGCGUGGGAUCCUCGAGUACUGGCCGAAUGGAACAAGCAUGGCCUGAGAGAGCUGCCCACAGAAUUGUAUCCGGACCCAGUGGAAGGCGAGGGAAAGCCGGUGACUCUGAAGACUCCCGUUGCCCAAGAAGUGUUUUCUUAUCUGCGGCCAAAAUAUCUCGGCCUGGUGGAUACGACGCCUGAGUUGGAUCGUGCCAACUAUGGAGACAUGCACCCGGAUGAUGUUGAGCCGGAUUUUCCUUUCUACCGGCCCGAACCCGCUGAGAUUUUUCGACGCCUCCCAGAGUUCAAACCGCCGGUCCUUUACAUUUUUGGGAAACAGUCUGACUACGCGACCCCUGAGUUAAGAAGAAAAAAGAUGGAGAGCACAGGCACUGGCGUUGGGGGGAGUGGCGGGCGAGAUUACGGCAAGGUUAAAGAAGUCAUGAUCGAUGCUGGCCAUUUGAUACCUAUGGAGGCAGUCAAUGAGAGUGCACAUGCUAUCGCUGAAUUUGUCGUUCCCGAGGCAGAGAACUGGGAGGCAUUUACACAAGAGUGGCAGACGCGUUGGUUAGCCAAAUCACGCAAAGAACGGGUUGGACAAACACUCCGUCCCAGCAUCUCGCGCAUCUCGAAACGCGCUUUUGCAUUACGGUCGAGCAACGACAAAGGCAUCAUGGUGUACAACUGGGAUCCUCACAAAGAUGUCUGCUUUCAGCUGUACAUCCAAGAGCGCAAGUCCCUCGAGGACAUCAUGCAGCAUAUGCGAGACAACUACAAUUUCACCCCAUCCAAAAGAGCCUUCCAGACUCAGUUCAAGCGUUGGGAUUUUCCCUCCAAGCGCAAACCCGCCUUUCGAGAUGAAGACCUAGUCGACCGCGUCAAAGAGUUAUGGGAAAACAAUUACAGCCAACGCAACAUGCUUGCCAUCUUACACGAAGAAGGUCAUGAGAUUAAGGAACGAGAGUUGAUGAGAUUGCGUGCAAAGAAUCGAUGGCUGAUGCGCAUCCCAAAUGGACCAAAACAGCCUGGUGACGAUGACACGACCCAGAUUGAGGCCCAGCUCCUCGAAGCCGCUCAAGACGAGACUGGCAUAUCCGAAGCACCAGAGCCAGAAACCGUCGCGUCUCAGCCACCUGCCGAGUUUAUCGAACGACAAAAGGCAAGACUCGACCGUCUUCAAGCCGAGAGCGACGAUCGAAUGAAGAGCAAGAAGCGCCGUCGUCGAACCAAAGGCUAUGCUGGCCUUCCAGCCGACCCUCCUGGCCCACCGCGUUUUCCUUCAGAGACAACGUUGGAAGAGAGCAGAGCCAUCCUGGGCCUAGAGACCAAGCAAUACCGCGCCGUUCGUGAUGAGUUUCAAGCCAUCUGUGAAGAAGAGCAAAUCCUUCAAAAGACCGUUGCAGGCGCCGAGAAAUGGCAAGGCGCCAAAGAUCGACUUGUUCGUAACAACACCACCCUGCAAGCUGCUCUCUGGACCAACAAUUCGGAUCCCCAAGAACACACUAAAAAGGGACUCGCCCUCGACGUCAUCUGUACCGAUGUUACCAAAAGGAUUCGUACCAUGGGCCGUCGUCUCACGAUUCUCGAGUCCAAGAACGUCUUGGGUAUCAACCCUGAACAGAGUCGCCAAAUUCGUGCUGGGUUUUACGACAUCCUCAACGCUGAGCACUACACCAGCAAGCUGGAAAUGGGCCCAGAGAUGUGGGAAUAUCUCAAGAACAAGUGGAUUGCAGAGACACCUCUGUUGAAGGAAAUCCUCGACCCUACUAACGCCGACGCCGCCGACCUCUUGAAGAAGCAGUCUGCACUGGAGCUUUUGUGUCGCGAUGUCAUGAAACGCGUUCGCGACGACAAAGCCAAAGCCAAAGGCACUUUCAGAAAGCGACCAUCUGAGAGCACCCCCCGAAAAACAGCCGCUGCUGCUGCAGCGGCGGCUACAGCCGCAUCUGAAAGCACACCUUAUGCACCCUCUCUUCCCGCAAACCCAUUUGGAGAUCUUCCGGCGGCUCCAAGCACCGACCUCUCAGACCUCCAGAUUGAUCCAAAUUUGCUCCAGGCCGCAGACGAGCUGGUCGAACCUCAAGAGUCGGCCGUAACAGCCGUGUACAUCCGACCACAUCCAAAGUCAAACGUCUACAACAACACCAAAAUGUGGCUUGGUUCCUUGACAGGCCGGUCGGUAGCCGAAUUGCACCUCCUGCUGGCCAGCAAAUAUCCCGAAGCCAAACCUGCACGGAUCGACGGCAUCGAAAAAGAUAACACUGGGCACGAGAUCUCCUAUCUGAUAGAAGAGGAUGAAGAGCUCGAUGCCUAUCUGGACCAUGUCGAAGGUCGCAAGGCCACCUUUGUGGUUCUGCUUAAGAAAGCAUAGGCUGGCUGGCUGGCUGGCUGGCUGGCU